AUGCCUCCUCGAAGUCGCCCAUUUGGCGACCUUUUUGCGUCUGGACGAAGUCCCCAGUUACAGCGCACGGCUUCUGGAAACCCGCCGCUGACGCCGAGGACACCACAUACACGCUCGGGACGCGCAGAGGAAGGUCUCACGGAGGUCGAACUCAGCGACCUACGCCAUGACAGCGACGACGACGACGACUCGUCUGGACAUCAGUCGCAGCCGCUACUGUCCCGUACACCUUUCUCCAGUUUGGCUGCUUCGACAGGAUAUAGAAGCCGAGGGGACGACCGUGACAUUCGCGAGAGUGGCUACAAAUAUGUUCUGUCUCUGGUGGUCGAGAGGUCACCGCUCGUUGUUGGCACCCUGUUACUCUGCUUCGGACUUGCUAUAACUAUGCUGUCGUUCAAGAAAGCGUCCACCGAGAUCGACGUGGUGCAGGCAGCACAACCCUCUCCGUCAAGAUUAUAUUCACAGGAUGCUCUCCGUCCUACACCCUCUGCCGCUGCUGCGCGCUUCAUCUCAUACGAGAACUACACAAAAUUCCCGCUGUCUGGGCCAGAGUUCCACCAUGAAUGCGAGAAGCUCAUGGGUGGGUUCAUGCACCACUCAGGCUACUGGGUACCACCGAGGAUGGGGCCGCUGGACGUCCCGCAUCAUGAUGAUGACGUGUCAAACGGAGGCCGAGGGCGAGUUUGUCGUGCAUCGAUCACAUACAUGUUGGAUGGGCAAGUGGGGCUGGCGGCGGAUUUAGCCUUGAUGGCGCAGGUUGCAGGGAUCGCACGACAGCGUAAUAGGACGUUCCUCGUCGAUGAUACAUACUGGAACCGUGGAAAGUGGACAAAUCAUUUCGAAGAGGUGCGAAAACUGCAGCCAGGUCCGGAGCCUGGCUGUCGGGCGCCUCCUCCAGAAGAGCUGGUUGCAUGUCCCCGAACAGCGAGGCACUGGGUCGUCAAUUCAAGAACGGCCAAGUACCACCUUGGACACCCGUAUUCAGAGGAGUACGAAGAUCCGUACAGCCUUGGUAUCAACCGCGUGAAGCCCAUUUUUGAGCGGGGGCUUCACUCGUUUUUGGAGACAAUCCGCCCGAAUGCCCAAAAUAUGGCAUUGAUACAAGCUGCGCGUUCAGAAAUUGCCUCGAUCUUGGACCUGCAUCCUGUGUCGAAUACUUCUAUGGAGUCUGACAAUCAUCCCGAGAAACUGAGAGCACACCCUGACCCAUAUAUCGCUGUUCACAUACGAAGAGGCGACCGCAAGGCCGAGUCAUGGGCAUUCCACAAGUCCUACGUGCCUUUGGAGCACUACGUUACGGCUGCACGCGACGCAUGGUCGCGCCUCUAUCCCGACAUUCCGUUAGAAUCGCCGCCAUUGCACUUCCCAGCGCCGCCGAUCACAUACAUCGCGUCCGACUCGACCGACAUGCUACGGGAUUACGUCGCCGCGUUCUCGCCGUCGACUGCUAUGUUUGCGCUGGCGCUGAGCACGAAUUCCGGCUUGCGUGCGCUUGCUCCGCAUCAUGCAUAUGUGCAGACGGAGUUCGUCAAGGAAGAGGAGGCAGAGCGGAUAUUGCUGACCAGGGGCAUGAUCGUAGAUCUGGCGUUGCUGAGCGGACUCUGGGCCUCGGAAGGAGACGCGGUACCCGGCGCAGUCGUUUGCACGAUAAGUUCCAACGUGUGCAAAAUUUCCGCGCUCGGGCUUGGCUGGGAGCGUGCCUUUGGUUUUGACGACGGCGGCGACUAUUCUAUGGGCGCUAUCAAUGAGCAGCGGAAACGGUGGGUGGAGAUUGACAACAAAGACGCGGUCAGCCCCGAGUGGAGGGCGUUCGACCUGUUUUGA